CUCGUUUCACCUCAUAUAACAGCCUCUAUGAUUGGCUAGGUUUCAGUUACAAGCCGAAGAUGCAGUCAUGGCGGAUGAUGAGAGCAUAGAAAGGAACAGCUUGUGGCAUCUUCAAGAACGUUUGAAACAAGAGAGACUGUUCGUUAACAAAGAGAAAUCUGAAAUAUCAAGUCUUAACAUAGAGAUACAAUCAACUUGCGAAAGACUUUACCAUUUGUCGUGGAUAACUCGGCAACAAUGGAAGGUGGUUCAGCGAGUGAGGGCUUCACCUGAAGAAUGCAGCCAUGUCGUAAACAGGCUGGAUUCUGCCCGCUUUGUGGACGCAUCAAGACAUCUUGGCUACUUAGAAUCAAAAUACUGGGAAUUUUUUAAGGGACUGAGAGAGAAUCCCUCGCUUGUCGCAUCCACUUUGGCUUAUGCGGACAAAAUUAAUUUAGACACCUCUCAGCUGAUUCGGUUGUUGUUGAACUCUCUUUAUGGAAAUUGCCUUCUUCCGCAAGAUGAAAAUUAUGUGUUGAUGCUAAUGAAACACCUGAUCGAGUUGAAAAUCACAGGAGAUGAGAGCCCUGAGAAAUUCCUUCAGCAUAAAAGGAAUUCAUUUACGUCGCUGUUUGGGAUUCUAGUCGAAAGCUUGUUCUCCGCAAAGUUGUAUUUGACAGCGGCCCUUCAUGCACCUAUUAUGCAAGUUCUCUCGGAAGAUUCACUUUUACAGAAGCGCUUACCCCUCAAGUGCACUAAAUUCGUGGAAAACCUUAAAGCGAAACUCUAUUGUUUUCCUCAAAGCUUGCGAUGGUUAAUGUGUCAGUUUGCAAAUAUUCUUUCAUCCCACGGUAUGAAUGAUAAGGAAGUGAGGUCAAUGGUCUUAAAUCUGUUAUUUGAUUGCAUUGUUUGUCCGGCGAUAAUACGACCUGAGCAGUUUGGCAUCACUUCUGAUGUUCAAAUUAGUGAAGUAGCCUCACAGAACUUGCAAAAUAUAGCUUCCUGUUUGCAGUGCUUGCACUCUCUCUAUUCCUCUGAAGAUGAGAAUGCAAGAAAUUUGGACAUGUUUUCAAGGAUAGAUCCAGUAAGUAUGUUUUGCAUAGACUACUCUAUCUGAGAGGGAAUUUCCUUUACAUCCUAAGACAGAUUAUUUCUCAGAAAAAUCACACUUAUCUUUGUUCCUGAACAACUGGAGUUUAUCACAUGAAGCAAGAUGAAAUUUCCUUGGUAUUACACUCCUUUUCCUGUUACCCUGAAAUUAGCAUACAUGUCUGAUUGUCAUAGAAGACUGACUGAUGAGAGAGAAAUGGCGGUUUCUUUCACAUACCAUUUGAAAGCUGGCUCACCCAUUUAUACAUCAUAUGGGUGUAAUCAUUCUUUAGGCAGAUUUCCAGUGUUUGCAUAAGCUAAAACAAUUACUUCUCUACAAUAGUCAUAAAAAAUUUUCUGUUUUGGGUAUAUGAAGGUCUUACUUGCUUUCAAUGUUUUUGCUGAGAUUUUAAGCUAGUAUUCAUUUCUUUUCAGGUCUGUGUGACUUCAUUUUUAGAUGCCAUAUUAGAGAACCAAAAAGACAUUCAAGAUUUUCCAAACCAUAAGUCCCUUUCUGGCCUUUGUCGCAAUUCAGUUCUCAUAACAGAAAAUGAGCUACAUGCCUUGGUGAGUUUCAUGCAUGUGAUGCCUGAUCUAAAAGAGAAAGUUACGUUUGUUGUCAUGAAGAUGAGAGUUUUUCGUCAUUGUAUUUUCAAAGAGGAGGAGGAUGCAAAUGAAUGACUGGCUGCUAUAGAAAUCCCUUGUCUGUGCACUUUUUAUUUCUAACUAGAGAGAUGGUAGUCUAGUGGUUACUGUACAGGGUUCUGAUCUGGGUUACAUAACAGUAUUGUGAUCUUCAGCAAGACACUUGACCAUUAGUCACAGUUCCUAUUUCCACCCAGUUGUAACCCUUUACAGCCAAACAUUUAUAGGUAUAUUCUCCAUACUAUCAUCUAAACAUUUCAUAUGGUACUAACAGGAAGAAUUUCUUUGAUCAGUGAUAGUUAGAUUCAUCCAGAGGAAGCCAUUUUACAUAUAGUUGAUUCAUAUCCAGAAAUUAGGAGAAGGUUUGACAGUACUUUGAAGCCAGGAGGCUCUUAUGAAUUACACUUUUCCUCAUUAUGUAGUUGUUUUUGUACAUUGAAGUAAGCUGCCUUUCAGGACAGUUCUUGUGUUCUAGCAGUUUUCCCAACAACCCUCAAAAUCCAUAAAAUCAAUUAGAGAACCCCUCUCAAUACCGAAGGAACAAUACAAGUCCAGUUCGUGCAACAAAUGAUAUUACAACAUUAAAAUUCAAAUAAUUUAAAUAAGCCAAUGAGCGAGCUACUGAAAUUGAACAAUAAAAACAAAACAAAGUCUGUAAUUACAUGCACGUGCUAACUGAUUUAUUUCAAAGUUUUUAAUUAAUUCCAUAAAUGCAGAAAAAAGUUGCAACAUCUUGUGUACAUAAAUUUCUUUUGUUCCCUAUCUUAGACAAGCUUUCUUAGAAUGAUUGAACACAGUGAAGACUACAAAGAUAUUGUUAACCAUAAAGAGCUAGAAGAGUUACUGUAUCCUCUGCCACCCCAGCCAGAGAUAAGUCCUGUGGAGCCCAUUACAGAUCUGUUAGCACCCCCAGGUCCAGAGUAUUCAAUAGAGAGUCCAAAGACACCAAAAAAGAAACGAGCCAUCAAAGGAAAGAGGGAAGAUAAAACUCGGAAGCAAAGCUUUGGAGAAAGUCAAGCCGCUGAGUUUGAAGGCAAGAUAAUAAAGCAGUAUAACCCUUUGUAUGUUGAAAACAAAUCAGAAGGGUUAAAGAGAGAGUUUCUCCAGCGAAUGGCACUGAUGUUGAAGGAAGGUGAAGAUGUCCUAGUGAUCUCACUUGGCUAUUCAGGGAUUGAGUGUCCUGGCCUGCUGUCUGAGGAAAAAGUGAGUAUCAAGUAGUUGUCAUUAUUUUGUCUCCAUCAUGACUUAUACCCCAUUCACACCAGCAAAACAUGUUUUGUUAAACUGGUUUUCAUUGAAUGAAAAUUAUAAACAGAGAACUGAAAAACUUGAUUUUCCAUUGGAUUCAAGUACUUGCUAACUUGCAUUUCCAAUGUGCUACAUUCAAGUCAAAAAUAUUCGGUUAAAUAGUUUCUAUGAAGAAAAAAAAAAUUAAACUGUGUUUAACAAAACAACUUUUAAACAUGUUUAAGCUUUGGUGUGAAUGGGGCAUUAGUGUAUGCACUCAUCUAGUAUGUGUAUAUCUCUCCCAUCAAUAGAUGCAUGGCUGAUAAAAACUUUUGUCUACUGAAAAGAAAGAAAUUGUCCAACAAUAAUUCGCUCAAAUUUUGUUUGAGGGUUUAGCAAGCAGAUGAAGUGUGGAUUAGUGUAACAGAAAUAUUUUUAUAGAACAAAGCCCUUGAUCCUCUGCUGCAUUCCUUGAACCAUGGGUAUCUACUAAUAGGUGUCCAUUUUCUCAAUUUUUAGGUUCUUGGCAUCAAAAAACCGUCCAAGAAUGAAGCAGGAACCACUAAAAGCUUCAGACCAAGGAGUAGCUCAUCUCAGUUCUCCAAGCAUAUUUUUUCAGACAAAUCUGUUGCAAAGAAAGGGAAAGAAGGCUGCAACAAAGAGGAAAGUGAUGACAAGGAAAUAACAACCUCACAUAAUAGUGAGUUUAGCAUUAACUACAGUUUUUUUUCUUAUUCUUACUGAUACAAACAUAGAAGGUGGGAAGGCCUUAUGGUUAGUGUUCUUCUAAUUUUUCUUGGGCAAAACACUCUCCUCUGACGGUGCCACUUUACACUCAGAAUAUACCUGUACCUGCAAGCUUUCAGGGACACCUGAUGAAAUGCUCAGGCUGGGGAUAAUCUUAAGAUAGACUGGCAUCUCAUUCCAAGUGGAGUAGUUAUUCUCCUAUUUACUUCAUAGUAGGGAAACUAAGAUAAGUUCCAGCUGGAUGGGCUGCUUGAUUGGAAUAUAAACUUUACCUUCUUAUACAAACCAAAUAUGUGCACAAGCUUCAGAAAGAUAACAUAACAAUUUGCAGCCUUUAUUAAAAGACUCUCAGUAUGAAGCAAAUAAUGAUACAUUCAAACACUUUGGUCUAAGCAGGUUAUGGCUUAUGUUUUUUUAGAUGACAAGGAGCAUUCAUCAGAGGUACCUCAGCAAAUCAUUGCUGGUUCUGGUAACCAAGACAACAAUACUGAUUUGCCUAAGUCUGACACAGGAGAGAAAACGAGGACAGAUCUUAAUGAUUUGCUUCUAAGAAACACCAAUUCCACAACACAUGCUACACCAGAUGUUCUAGAAGGAAGUACAUCAAAUAUGCAAGACUCUGCCAGUGUUGAUUUGAUUGAUUUUGGAAGUGAGAGUCCAGAGCCAUUAUCCCCAGUGUCACCAGAACAUUUCACUGAAAACCCACUAGUGGAGAAACAGUUGCCUCUUGCCUUUGAAACUCAAGCUGCAGGUAACAGAGACAGUGCCAUCAGUAGUGGUGGUAGCACACGCAUUAGUUCCAUCAGUACAGCAAGUACACAAAGUAGUGGAGUGGAGUUCACCAAAGAGUGCAUAUUUGUAGAUAGUGGCCAUGGCGAAAUUUUAGAGGAGAAUUCUAAUGUGCAGCUCCCCUGUCUAGAACCUGUAGAUGCACCAGGCAAUGAGUUCCGAAAGCGCAGCAGUGUCAUCAGUGAUCAGGAGAGAAGAGACAGCAAGGUCAGUAAUCGAGAGAGCACAAGUAGUAGCACUCUGACUGGCUACUAUGGAGAAGGAUCCAACCGAGACAGCCAAGCAAGUUUCUUGAGCUUAGAUUCUGAGUUUCCACCUCGAAGUGGAUCAUCAAGCACAGCUGAUGACGAACGUGAGUCACCUGCACCCAGGGAGAAGAAAUACUCUCGAGCAGCCUCUUUGAAGCGGCAUUUGAGGAAUAGGAAAAAGAGCAAAGGAAAAGACUCCUUUGAUGGGCCAGAUAAUGUGGAAAAGCGGAGUGAAAAGAAAGAGAAGGGAUUCUUUGGAAAGAUAAGAACUGCUCGCUCCAAAGAGAAGACUAAGUCAAGUAAUGCAAGAGUGUAUGAGGAACUGGUGGAGAAAACCCUUGACCCUUUUGAUAUCACUUACAGAAUGGCACACCCAGAAAUGGAAGAGAAAACACCCAAAGGUAACAACUAACAUGAUUCUUGUGUAGUUUGACUUGAUUGAUCACUGUAUACUCACUGUACACCGUUAUAGCAUACCUAGCUUAAUACUGUAUGUCAUGUAACUAUAGCGCACCUUAAAUUUUCUUAAGUUUGUCUUUUCAGUUCAUGAUCAUCUUCAACAUCUCUAACCAUCUCUAUCCCCCCCCCCCCUUUUUUUACAGCCCCUUCAACAUUUCUGAACUGUGGAAAAUUUUGCUUCAAGGUUCCUUCAGAUAAAAAGCAAUUUUAAACAACCCCAGAUACAUGUAUUUCCUUGUAGCUCCUUUAACAAGUCCAACAUUAGUGGUUAUGUUCAACUUGUAGACUGUUUUUGACAUAUUCUACAGAAGAAACUCAUUUUGUUUGAUAGGGCAAGCAUUUUAGAAAAAAAAAUAAAGAUACAUGUGAUAACAUUUUGGGUUAAUUUACUUUUGAUGUUGUCCUUAUUGAUCAAGAAACAAUCUCAGUCUUGUUGAUUUCCAGUUUCGAGCUCCACUACAUGUGUUUCUUAUUAUUAUAGACCUUAAUUCAUAUUAUUAUUUUUUUUCCUUAACAGACAUUGAGAAUGUGAUAAAAAAAUACACAGAUAUUGCACGUUCUACUGCAGAAGAGGAAAAGUUGGAUGCUGCAGAUGGUGAUGAUGAUGAUGAUGACAAAGAUGAGGAAGAUGAUGACAUUGUUGAUGAAGAGGAAAAAUUUGAAAACUCCAAGAGAAAACUAAGACUGGUUCUUUGCCAAGCUGAUUUUCAAAAUCUUCCCAUGGUUCAUUCAGAAAACAGGAUACCAGAGAAAAGGUUAGCUUUGAAUUCAUGUAUUUUUCAAAUCCUUUCAAAGAACAUUUCAUGGCUGCAAUGUGAGGUGCAUUUAUAGCAGAUUUUCAGACAGAUCAAGGAUUGUUAACCGGAAGUAGGUGAUAAAAGAAAUUGUGCAGAACAACCAAAAGGCUCCUUUUUACUUCCUUGCAUGGUGUUGAACUGGUAUUGAUAAUAAUACAAUGAUUAUCAUCACAAUAAUAAACAUUAAAAUUCUUAGCACUAUUUGUAAUGGCCAAAAGUUAUGAAUCAAUGAUGCACAAAUUUCUUGCAGUAUCUUAAGUUGUGGUAAAUAUUUAAAUGCAAUAUUAUUUUCUCAGUAUGAGUGGAAAAUCACAAUGUCAAGAACUUUUGACUUUCCUCCAUGUACAACUUGCUGAAGCAAUAAAUCUUCAAGACAGAGCUUUGUCUGCUCAGUUGCAUGAGACAAUAAGAAGUGUGAAGGAUCUGCCACCACAAAGGUACAGUAUAUAUGUAAUGUGCUAUCUUAUGGCAUGUUUGAUUCAUUAUUAAGCUGCUCUGGUUAGUAUUGCUGUCACUGGACUUUAACAAGAAAUUUCCUUUCCUCAAAUUACAUUCCAAGUUUAGGGUAGCCUUAACAUUUAAGGGCUCUUGCUAGUUUCUAGUUGCUGUUAUGAAGUUGUCUUGCAAAGACCCAUUUUAAUUCUGAUUUUUAUAUUUCUCCAAAAAAGGUUUAUUUUUAGUUGCUUUAUUUAAACCUUUCCCCCCUUAAAGUGUCUGGCUUCUAAUUUUUCCUUACAGUAUCACUGUUUCAUCAAGUGUGAGGGUCAUAAUAAAAUAAAUUGUCCUUAUUAGUAUUAAAGGAAAUGUAAAGAGAACAACAUGGAGAAUAUUAAUGCGAAUGUAGCAAAUGUGUUUUGCUGUAAAAGCAAACUAUUUGAUUCCAGACAGAAAUGCCCAUCACUAUUUGUGCAGAAUGCUAACAACUUGUGGUUGCUGUUCUAUAGCUUUGCUAGACUUGUGGAAUCAUUACAGGAGGAUUAUAAAGCUCGUGCUCCAUACCUAGCAUACUUGGUCAAUGCACAUCAAGGAUUAUUAGCAACUCAUUCACACCUGGAGAGAUUAGUAGAAAGAGUGGAAAGGUAACAAUACCAAAAAUGUUUUUCUUUUUUUUUUAAUUAAUUCAUUCUUAAAUAAUUUAUAUCCUCAGAUAUUAGUUAUUGGUUGACUGAGAGAAAGUAUGGACAUUGUUUCAUUAGAUCAUUCUUGAAAAAUGUAAGUCGUGUAGAUUACGUUACAUGGCUGAGAAAAUUAUGUGAGAUUGCAUCUAAGACCCAACUACUAUGCAACUAUAUCAUUCUACAACAACUGUUUGUAGCAUGUUUUCCACAUUCUCAGUAACCAAGAUGUUAUUGAUGUUGCUACAUAUAACUUUUGAUGAGUGGCUCUUUUCUGAACUCGUAGGGACAAGAUCAUUUGUCGCACUUACUUUACAACCUCUUGUGUGAAGCUAUUUCUUGAGUCAAAGGAGAAAGGAGAGAUUAGUAGAUUUACCCAUAAUUUUCAAUCCUUGCCAACACCGGAUGAAAAGGUUUGACAAAAUUAAAUAUUGCACUCUCAUUGACCAUGUUUCAACCUCAGGUAGUUCUUAUACUAUUUCACUGAUUUUAAACAUGUUAGAUGCUGUUGUUAUUUUGCACAAAUAAUAUCAGUGUUAGUACUCCAUGAACUUGACACAAACUUGUAAAGAGUAAUUAUUUUGUAAUGAGUACAAAGUUUCCCCCUCCCUCCCUUGAGCACCCAUUGGUUUUCUGGCAAAGAGACAUUUUGGGCAUGCAGUGACCUAAAAUUUUAGUGGAAACUUCUGUGUGAUUUGAGUGAGUUUGACUCUUAAACAGCAACAGAGAGACUAUUUUCAGUAAUGUUAACAAACUGGAGCAGAUGUAAUUUAACUGUAACACCUUUGAUGGCCUACCUAACCUGCUCUAUAGAUUACACAGCUUCAUGUAAAUAAAGUUUUAGUCUCUUAGUAUAUUUUCAAACUCUAGUUUAAGCUGAUGUUGCUGGAAAGAAAACCACAUCAGAAUUGUGCUCUUUGGCCAAUUUAUAUUGGUUUUUGGGCUACAUCUUUCGUUGAUAGCGACAGCACAAGUAGCCUGGGGAAAACUUCUAUCAGAGUGAUCAGCAAAUCCAUUGGCAGGUGGCUCUUGUGUAAAACCCUCCACUUAAAAUAAUUUUCUUUAAAUCUGUUGACAGUGUGCAUUGCUUGAAGAAUUCCUAGAGACAUUAGGGGAUGAGAUGGAAAAGCACCCAAUCUGGUCAGGUACAAGGAAUCAGCUCAAAAUAAAUGUAUUCAAUGAUUUUACACACAUUUACAUCAAAUUAUCCAACAAAUAAUUAUUAUUUAUCAUUUGAUUGGCAGGUGUCAGUGAUGAGCAAUUUCAGGAUUCCUUGGUGGCAAUAGAACGUGCCAUUAUGAGCAGUAUCUACAUUUCUGCAUUUUACCCUUUUGGUGGAGUUGACCAGCAAAUAGAUAGGUGAGCUAUGCUCAAAACUGGAGGUUGCAGUACUUUUGUUCAUAAGCCAGGUUUUGCACUUAGAGAUUUCUGACCUUGGUCAAUAUCAAUUCCUAAGAAAUGUAACUAAAAAUUGCAAUUUUUUUACUGAUGAUCUGUUGAAAAUGCAGGGGGCCAAGCGUUAGUACUUUAGACUCUGGUCAUAAAUUUCAGGUAUAGUUGUAGGCUGAGGACAUUUUCUUUGUAGGCAAGACAAUUUACCAGUACUUGCCCAGAGCCUCUAUCCACACAGAGGUGUAAAUGAGAAUUGGCAAAUUGUUAAUAAAACCUGACCAAAUGCUGUAGGAUAACAUGUACCCUAAAGUAGGCUAGUAUUUAGUCCAGGGGGAUAAGCCAUACAGUUAAAAGCUACAGCGGGGUUUGUCAUUUGAUUCACAUUCCUUUUCAAGUGUAACCAGUUAAAUUUAUCACCUGCAGCUCCUUUUAUUAUUGCCUAAAACUAAUUGGAAUUUUUUUAAAGUUAAAAUGGGAUUCAACAGUGGACAUUUCAUGAGGUGGCUCUUCAUGUCCACUUUUACCAGGUCAAAUUGGAAUUUAGAAUAUGAGUUUUUGUGAAGGGAAGAAAAUUUUAGGACUUGGGGGAAAAAUCAACAUGUGACACCAUGUUCGGGAAUCAAACCUGGGUCACAGUGGUGGGAAGUGGGUGCCCUCACCACUGUGCCAUCCCUGCUUCCCAAAGUUCUGUACCAGUUCGAAAAAUUCCACUUACCUGUCUUCUUUAAAUGAGGGAGAACAAUUCUUUCAACUGAAGGUUAUAAAUACCUGCAAUUACUAAUAGUACUACAUGUAUGUGUAUAUAUGUUGUAGAUAAAAUUAAUAUGCAUAAACGCAUAGACAUAUGUUUUCUGUUAAAAUAUCAGAUCAAGAAGCUGCUUCUUGCAGUCUGUGAGUUUGACACUUUUUCACUUCAGCUUUGAUUCUGAUUCUUUUUGGUUAUUGGGUUUAUUCUUGAAAUCUCACAUCAAUAUCCUCAGUGUCUUUUUUGUUUUUGUACUCUCAGUACGUUUCAUGAGCAUGUGAUCAACCUGCAGAAAGUUAUUCAUCCUAAUCACAAAGCUGUAAGAGUCCCUAAGGUAUGUAUUAAUUCUAAAUCUUUAACAAGUUUCGGUAUCAUUUUAUGCACAAGUCUUUUUUGAUCUGACUUAAUCAAAGAAUUUUCACAUUGCAUUAUCACGUAAUACUUGUAUCUUGUUCUUUUUUGACCAAAAGAAAAAUGUGGUCCAGAUAGGAAGCUAACAUUCUUGUUUUUCAAUAGAUGUACCGUAAGGAAGCACCAUGGGAAUCAGCUCAGAAAGAACUGCUGGCAAUUAAUGCUUACAAGGUAGUUGCAUUUAUUCUAUCUCUUGCUUUACUUCACUUAAUGUAGUGUUUUUACCCCAAGGGAGAACAGGGGCACUAACUCCUCCAUCAAUCUCACCCACCUGAUUUAUGGCUCUCUGUUAAGGUGAAAAAUACAUCUUCUGCCUCUCCAUUUUUAGAGUCCUCAACAUCCUAUUUGACUGUGUUGUUUUUCUUUCCAUCUGGUGCCAAGGUUAGAGCAGCACACUAAUUUUUUCAGUGGACAUGCAAAGGGAAGGCACUUGUUUGCCAUCUCCAUCUCUUGAUUUGCUCACUCAAAGUUGUACAACCGAUGAAUACAAAUUGUGCUCACCCAUAUUAAGUUUUUUCAACCAAUGCCCUAUAGAUUUGCUUCAUGAAUGUACCAGAAACUGGAGUAAUGGGUGGUUUUUUUUUAUGAGAUUCUUCUCUUGCUUCCCUAGACACCAACAGACAAGCUCAAGUGUGUCAAGCGAUGUUGUGUCACCAUUAUGAAUCUGUUGUGUUUAGCAAGUGAAACUAGUGUGCCUGGUGCAGAUGAAUUUGUCCCAGCCUUAGUGUACGUGGUGAUACAUGCAAAUCCUGAGGGCCUUCUGUCUACCAUGCAGUAUGUUAAUAACUUCUAUGACAAGAGGCUCAGUGGAGAGGAAGCUUAUUAUUGGAUGCAGUUUUGUGCAGCUAUUGCCUUCAUCAAAACAUUGCGCUAUGGCUCAAGCUAAAUCCAAAUGAGGUUAACAGAUUCAUCAGAUACAAUUUAAGAGGGUAGAACCCAACUUGAUUCUGAAUGAAGUAAGCAGUUACAAAGGCUAAAGAAAAUGAAGGAAGUUCAUGUUGUUUUAGUGAGAAAGGGCUAAUCCAAGGGUACAACAUUGAAGUGAUUUGAGAGCCAUAAAUUCUUGAGUGCAUUACACUCCUGAUACAAUUACAACAGAUGAAGUCAACCCAGAUUUAUUCCUUUAAUGAAAUGAACUGUGUGAGACUAAACUUGAUCACAACUAUAACUGUUUGGCUCUUUAAUUAAGACAUUUUACUACCACUGUUGCCUUAUUUGUCAUUUUUGGGACACAACCAGUUACCUUUGAAUCAAAGGAAGUUGCAAGGUGAAAGACAUUGAAGACCCAUAGCUCCAAGAGGCAAAAAUAUAUAUUUACGGUAUUAUUAGGGAAUAUUAUGUUGUUCUAUGACAAAGAAAGUUGAAAAUAUUACAUUGCAUUUUACAGAUGUGCCAGUCGUUACAACUUUAGAUUAGGGUAAUAUAUUUAAUUAAUUUGAUAAACAUGUUCUUGAUUAUCUGUGCACUUAUUGUGUUGCAUCAGGCAUUUAUUUUUAUCAGUAUGAAUCACAGAAAAGCAGGCAUGUUUGUAUAAUUGUUUUUCACAUUUCAAAUCAUUUAACAUGAGAAAGCCUUUAUGUUCCAUGCAAAAAAUAUGUAUUAAGUUUUUAAAUCUUGUAGGGGGUUUUAAAUUCAUGUUGUUUUUAACAGCAUAUAUACUUGAGGAAGGUAUCUUGACUUAAUGUUGGAAACUAUUUGGGAUAGUGUGUUAAAAAAAGUGUGUUAACAUUAAUUUAAGAUAAUUAUUGUUUCAAGGUAGACAUUCAAAAUUUCAAAAUUUUUCUUGCUCAUUAGUAAGAUAUAUUAAGCCUUUGCACCCCAACAUCAGUUUGCAUAUUCUCUGUACUGUUUUUUAUACAUCUACUUAGGUGUUGACAAGGAGAAUUUGUUUAACAAUCAAGGGCUUUUUGGCUGGUGAUCAUUUUCUUUAUUCUUUUGAUCCUAAUGUGUGAUUUAGGGAUAUUAUAAGGAAAAAUCAGAUGCUAUUCACCCUGGGGUUUCAUGGUUAAUCACCAUGUAGAAGACAGCAUGGUGUUACCAAGCAGUUCCACUGUAGGUCGAAGUAAAAAAUUUCAUUACUUAUGUAUGCUUCAAGUAUGAGGAUACUACAGCUGUAAACUUGAAAUGGAUUUAUUUUUUUUACUUAAAAUUGAUGAAAAUACCCAAAGUAGUGCUAGCCCACAAGAAUUUCUUCACAUGGGAGUAAGUUUAACCCUUUAACUCCCAAGAUCUGACUGUUAAUUCUCCCCACUAGCUUCUACACAUUUUGUUGUAAAUUAGUUAUGAGAACUUGGUGCCAGAUCAAGAUAGCAGAUUCUACCUGAUAAGUUUGAAUAUUCUCAUUACCUGUUUGCUGAAUAAUGUAUGGAUAUUAUUGGGAGAAGUUUCAUGUUGAUCACUAGUGGGAGCUAAAGGGUUAAGGCCUUGAGAAAAGGGGCUUGAGGGGUCUUUAAGGAAUAUGACGUUUAUUAGAAGUUAACAGUGGCUUGCACACAAGCUCAAGUGUUACAAGAUGUGAAGACCCAAAUGUAGUAUAAACCUAGCAUCCAUAGGGCUUUUACAAGAGCUUUACAAAUAAACCAGUGUAUAGCUAAUAUGAUAAUUUUCAAAUAUUUGUGGAGAGUA